AUGGCCAUAGACCGGCGGCGCGAGGCGGCGGGCGGCAGGCCCGGGCGGCAGCCGCCCCUGGGCGAGGAGAACGGCUCUCUGCCGCCCGGGGACGCGGCGGCCUCGGUGCCCCUCGGGGGCGGCGCGGGCCCCAGCAGCGGCGGGGAGAUCCAGGCGCUGCCCUCCCCGCACCCCGGCGGCGGCGCGGCGGCGCCCAGCCUCCUGUUGCUGGACUACGACGGGUCGGUGCUGCCCUUCCUCGGGGGCCUGGGCGGGGGCUACCAGAAGACCCUCGUGCUGCUCACCUGGAUCCCGGCGCUGUUCAUCGGCUUCAGCCAGUUCUCGGACUCCUUCCUUUUGAACCAGCCCAAGUUCUGGUGCCGCGAGGCCGGCAAAGGCGCCGAGCUGGCGGGAGUCACCUCCACGGGCCGGUGGGGAGCCUACGACGGGGCCACCUGGAACAGCCCCCCGACCACCUCCUUCUCCACGGCCGCCUGGGCGCCCGCGGGCAACCUCAGCAACAGCAGCGGCGCGGACAGGGGCGACCGGCCCCCCCUCGGGUCCCCUCCGGACAAGGGGGACAACGCCUCUAACUGCGACUGUCACGCGUGGAACUAUGGCAUCCACACAGGCCUCGUCCAAAACGUGGUCAGCAAGUGGGAUCUUGUGUGCGAUAAUGCCUGGAAGGUCCAUAUCGCUAAGUUCUCCUUACUGGUUGGAUUAAUCUUUGGCUACCUAAUAACUGGAUGCAUUGCUGACUGGGUCGGCCGGCGGCCUGUGCUGCUCUGUUCCAUCAUCUUCAUUCUGAUCUUUGGCCUGACCGUGGCCCUAUCCGUGAAUGUGACGAUGUUCAGCACACUCAGGUUCUUCGAAGGAUUCUGCCUGGCUGGAAUAAUCCUCACCUUGUAUGCAUUACGAAUAGAGCUGUGCCCCCCUGGAAAACGGUUCAUGAUCACCAUGGUGGCAAACUUCGUGACCAUAGCGGGGCAGCUCCUCAUGCCCGGGCUGGCAGCGCUGUGCCGGGACUGGCAGGUGCUGCAGGCGCUCAUCAUCUGCCCCUUCCUGCUCAUGCUGCUGUACUGGUCGGUAUUCCCCGAGUCCCUCCGGUGGCUGAUGGCUACCCAGCAGUUUGAGUCUGCGAAGAAGUUGAUCCUGCACUUCACCCAAAAGAACUCCAUCAACACCGAGACUGACAUCAAAGGCGUGAUGCCUGAGCUGGAGAAGGAGCUGUCCCGGAGGCCCAAGAAGGUCUGCAUCGUGAAGAUGGUGGGAACCCGGAACCUGUGGAAGAACAUCGUGGUCCUGUGUGUGAAUUCGCUGACGGGGUUCGGGAUCCACCACUGCUUCGCCAGAAGCAUGAUGGGCCACGAGGUGAAGGUGCCGCUGCUGGAGAACUUCUACGCCGACUACUACACCAUGGCCAGCAUCACCCUGGCCUCCUGCCUGGCCAUGUGUGUGGUGGUCCGGUUCAUGGGGCGCCGGGGAGGGCUGCUGCUCUUCAUGAUCCUCACGGCCCUGGCCUCCCUCCUGCAGCUCGGGCUCCUCAACCUGAUUGGGAAGUACAUCCAGCACCCUGACUCAGGUAUGAGCGACAGUGUCAAGGACAAAUUCUCCAUCGUGUUUUCCAUCGUGGGCAUGUUUGCCUCCCACGCAGUGGGAAGCCUCAGUGUGUUCUUCUGUGCAGAGAUCACCCCCACGGUGAUAAGGUGCGGCGGGCUGGGGCUGGUGCUGGCCAGCGCAGGCUUCGGCAGGCUGACAGCGCCCAUCAUCGAGCUGCACAACCAGAAAGGCUACUUCCUGCACCACAUCAUCUUCGCCUGCUGCACGCUCAUCUGCAUCAUCUGCAUUCUCCUGCUGCCCGAGAGCCGGAACCAGAGCCUACCCGAGAGCCUCUCCAACGGGGAGCACUACACCCGCCAGCCGCUCCUGCCGCACAAGAAGGCCGAGCAGCCGCUGCUGCUCACCAACGCGGAGCUCAAGGAUUACUCGGGCCUCCACGACGCCGCGGCCGCGGGGGACGCGCUGCCCGACAGCGCCGCGGCCAACGGCGUGCGGUCCUGUGGCUCCGCGCGUGGCCUGCCCUGA